UUCUCGUACGCACUGCAGGAGCAGACCUUCCUGUACUGGGGUGGUAACUGGACGUAGAGGUCUGAGGUGACUACUCUGAGUCUUUUAUCCGUAUUUUUUGAAACUGCACUGUCAGUUAGGGGCUCGUAAGUAAGUAUUACAAUUUGAUUUCAUUUGAUUUUACUGGAGUAAACAGGGUGUACAGGGUCUGAAGAGACUUGAACUAGAGCCACAAAUCAUCAUGGUUAUCUUGCUGGUCCCCACACUGAAGAUUGUCCUCCUCUUAGCUGCUGUGUGGACUGUGCGUACAGCAGAGUUGAUCACAGUGGAAGGAUAUGAGGGGGGCAAGGCAGAGAUCAGAUGCCCCUACAAAGAGGAGUGGAGGAGCCAGCAGAAGUACCUCUGCAAAGGGGAUUGUCCUGUUUUUAAUAAAGACAAAGUUAUUAAGACUGAGGAGGGGGAAAACAGUGCUUCUAAAGGGAGAUACUCGAUGAAGGACAUCAGAGAGGAAAGUGUCUUCAUUGUGACAAUCACCAACCUGACAUUAAAGGAUGCUGGGAGAUACUGGUGUGGAGUGGACAAAUGGGGACAAGAUAACUACAUUAAAGUCAACCUUGAAGUCUCUGAAGCAGCACCAACAAUCACCACCAAAACAGAACCUACUACAACUGCAUCAAACCCAGAUUCACCAACUCCAUCAUCCUUAGCCACCACCAUCUCACCAUCAUCCAUCUCAUCAACACACAAUGGAUCUGGAAUAUCAGUGAUCAUCAUAGUAUCUAUGAGUCUGGUUACAUUGCUGCUUGUAGUCAGUCUGCUUAUAGUCUACAGAUGGAAAUGCAACAAGGAAACAGCUGUCUCCUCUGCACUGACGGUGAACACUGGGAUCAACAGAGAGGGUUGUGAUGGUGUCUAUGAGGAAAUAAACGACCGACCCCUAGAGUCCAUCUACGCCAACUUACCCACAAUCCCCUCUGAAUCUUAACUAUGCCGGUGUCAACUUCCACAAGGACCCCAGCUGCCCCAAAGAAGCCAGUGCUGUCAUUUAAGAGGGCCCUUCUUCUGGUGACUAUGCCACUGUCAACAUUGGACGGAGUAGGCAGGCAGGGUUUUGACCAUCUACUCCAGUCAGCAAACCCAGAAACACCUGAGUCACUGUCAACCAAUCAGAAGGGACAUACACACACUGGCAACAAAUCAGUGACAUGUUAUUAACUGUGUGUCACCUCUUGAGCAUUGAGAUUUAAUUUGAGCAAACAUCUGCAUAAUCUGCUUCAUGUCCUCACAAUCAGAUGUGCUACCUUGACUUCUGUCUUUCAUGUCUCUGCUCACCUUGUCUAAAUGUUUAGGUCACUUAGGCCUAAUUUGCAUGUUAAUAUCUAAGUAAAUAUUGGCUCACUAUUUGGCAAGCACUGAAUUUUGACUAAAUGCAUUAUAACUGUCUAAUGGUUUUUAACAAAUAGACAUUAAGGGAUAAUCAACAAGGGACUCUAUGCAUUCUGUGGAAAAAUAAUGCACGAUUUGGAAGUUGUGUGCCACCACGCACAGCGCCGUGGCACUAACCUUCACGGAGUUGCAUUAUAUUCCAGGGAACGCAUAGAGCCCCGAGUUGACUAUACCACGGCUAUAACACAUUUUCCUCUAGAAAUGCACUGAAAUAGCUAGCUGGCAAGUUUCCUAGAUAGCUACAGUAGUUACCUAACCAAACAGACUUGCUACAGUAGAUUAGCUAAGCAAACCAUCAGUCCUUCUAGCUUGCUAUUAAUGAAAAUCAAUAUUGCCAAUUAUGUUUUCAAUUUGACUUUUGCUUUCAAAAGCAGGUUAGACCCCUGGUAGUGUCAAAUAGGUAGUAGUCUCUAACCAUGUUCUCCAUUUCCCCCACCAUGUGCCCACCAUGCCCAACAUCAUUAAAUAGCUAUUGACUUGAUACCGGUACCCCCUGUAUAUAGACUCGUUAUUGUAUUACUUUUUUCUUUUACGAUUUUACUUUAGUUUUUAGUAAAUAUUUUUGUAGCUCUUUCUUGAACUGCAUUGUUGGUUAAAGGCUUUAAAGUAAGCAUUUCACGGGAAGGUCUACACCUGUUGUCAGAGCCUGUGACAAAUACAAUUUGAACUGUAAAUGAGAGGAUCAUGUUAUGUAGAAUUAAAACAUGUUAUAUUCUGA